GCCCUCCCUCCUUUGCCAGUUGGCUUUCUUUUUUUUCCUGUUUUUUUGUUGCCUUCACUGCUCCAUCUGUGUUCUUUCCCCCGUGAUUGAAUGGAGAAGCCGGGUUCCUCAGACCCGGCACAGUCGCCCGGUGCCAACAUGGCAGAUCCCGAGGGAGACGAGGCCGCGGCCGCUCCUUCAGAACUGUGUCGCUGUGCAUUUGUGACUCGCUGGCUGCCAGCGGCCUACAGAGAGGAACUCUACCACGUCCUGAAGCUCACAGGUCCACUGGUUCUGUCUCGGAUUCUGAAUUUCCUCCUGCCGUUUGUGGUCACCAUAUUCUGUGGUCACAUUGGAAACGCAGAGCUGGCAGGAUACGCCCUGGCCUCAGCGAUCAUUAACGUGACGACCACAUCGACAGGGGUCGGCCUCUCCGUGGCCUGUGACACGCUCAUUUCUCAGACGUUCGGCGGUAAGAACAUGAAACGUGUGGGAGUGAUUCUGCAGAGGAGUUCCCUCAUCCUGCUGCUCUUCUGUCUUCCAUGCUGGGCUCUGCUCAUCAACGCUGACAGUUUACUGCUGCUCAUGCAUCAGGAGGACGAGGUGGUGAGAAUCGCCCGGAUCUAUGUGAUGGCUUUCCUCCCAGCUGUUCCAGCCAUGUUCCUGCACCAGCUGCAGGUCACAUAUCUACAAAACCAAGGGAUUAUUCUUCCUCAGAUGUACACAGCAGCAGUCGCCAACGUCCUCAACGCAGGGACCAAUUACUUCUUGAUCACCAGCCUCAAGUUGGGAGUGGUUGGAUCAGCGAUCGCUAACAGCCUGACUCAAAUCUUCAUCUGCCUGCUGCUGUUUGGUUACAUCAGAUGGAAGAAGCUGCACCAGCAGACGUGGGGAGGCUGGAACACUGACUGUCUGCAGGAGUGGGGUUCCUACAUGAAGCUGGCUGUUCCCAGUGCUUUAAUGGUCUACUUUGAGUUCUGGAUUUGGGAGAUCGGCGGUUUCAUCGCUGGGAUUCUUGGAGAGGUGGAUCUGGCUGCUCAGCACAUUCUGUUGGAAACAGGAGCCAUAACAUACAUGUUUCCUCUCGGUAUCCACGCAGCCACCUGUGUGCGUGUGGGUAAUGCUCUGGGGGCCGGAGACACUGCCCAAGCCUUAGUGACCUGCAGGGUGGCUCUGGUUCUAACAGCGCUGCUUGCUGUGCUCCAGGGCGUCAUCCUCACUGCGUCUAAGUCUGUCCUUGGCGGCAUUUUUACUUCUGACGAAAGCAUCGUGGCGCUCGUCUCAACCAACCUCACAGUCUACAUCUUUCUUCAGUUCUUCGAUGGCAUGCUGUGUGUCUGCACAGGGAUUCUCAUCGGAUCUGGGAUGCAGAAAUUUGCUGCUCUGUCCAACCUGGUGUCUUAUUACUGCGUCGCUCUGCCGGCGGGAAUCGCUCUGAUAUUUGCUGCUCAGCUCAGAAUCUUAGGUUUUUGGCUCGGCCUCCUCAUCUCUGUUUUCCUUCAGACGGGAGUCUACCUCCUUCUCAUCUUCAAACUCAACUGGGAAAAAGUCACACGCAAGGCUCAGCAGCGAGCAGGGAGAACCGCGGCAGUGGUGUUGAAGCGUCCGGUCAGUGCGUUGCUGAGUGAAGCCGCGGUGCCUGAUGUCUCUGACUGCGUCUCCACACCACAGCUGGACAGUGAAGUGGUUCCUCAGACUGACGGUUACUGUCCAGUCAACACUCAGGAUCAGGGGCUGAAGGCGGGUCACGGCGCCGAGGGCAACAACACGAGUGCAGAAAGCACCAAAGAGGAUGGUGAGCAGAGCAAACCUGAGGCUCUUCUGUCCGUCACUCAGCUGAUCCUGCGUCGUGGACUCACUCUCCUGAGUUUGAUUCUUGUUUUGCUCGUGGGCGUCGCUUUCCACGUCGCUUUCCCUGCACCAGAGCCGUCUGCUCACAGCAGGGCCAACUUCACCCUGACCUGGGCAAAUGUAUCCAACCCGACUCAGUCAGCUUAUCUGGACCUGACCCCUGACCCCUGACCCCUGACCUCUGACCUCUGAACGUUAAAAACAUCAACAUGUGAAUGCACUUCUCUUCCAGGGGAGAAAAAAUCCCCAGAAAGCAGAGGCUGCGUGAGGUCGCACACGCACACGCGCACACGCACACGCACACACACACACGCACACGCACACACACGCACGCACACGCACACACAGGCUUCGUUACAAAGAUCAGAUUUGAACAGACAGAGACACGCGGACGUCAGAGAACACAGAUUUCUCCACUUUGAUCGUUUUUUUUUUCCUGUGUUGAUUUACACGUUGACACUGAAACAACUGACUGUGAAUAGUUUGUCUAUGUUUUCAUAUCUGAUUGUAAAUAUCUGGUUCUUUAUGUGCUCAUGUAAAUACAUCAUACUUUAUAUUACUGCAUUCUUUCAUCACUGUGACACAGAAAUAAUUUUUUAUGGCACAUCCGGGACUAAUAUUGAUAAGAAAUGACGUUUAAAAAACGUGGGACAUUAAGAUUAAGCACAGGGACCAAAAAUCUAAACAAAUAUUUCCCACAGAAAUGUACAACACGUCGUGUGAGAUUGAUUAAACCUCCGGCUCUGACGCUGCAACGCGACCGAGAAGUUAAUGUGAGAUUCCUCGAGCUACUGUAUCGCAAGUUGUGGUUGAAUAAAAGUGACAGGAAGUGUCGUUAAUGAUGUCA